GGCUAGCAAGUAACUUUGCUCAAGAAGAUUUGAACUAAUUUUUCCCUCAAAAUUUUCAUGAUCGUGAUUUACCUUUUUUCUCUGACUCCGCCACACAUCAAGGAAACGCCAUGGCAACCUCUAGUAAACGCAGUGAUCUCCCGGCGAAGCGUAAGAAGGCAGAUUCUAUUGAUUCGGCUACAUCGACCGACGAUCUGUUGUUAGCAAGCCCACCCGAAUACACAAAGUCACUUAGCGAGGGAAUUGGAUCAAUCGAUAAGAAAAUAUCGAUAGCAUUAGAAAUCCUUCAAGGCGAGAUUAAAGAGUUAAAAGAAAGCCUCGUGUUUACACAACAGGAGGUAGUAUAUCUCAAGUCACAAAACGAUAUCCUUAAAGGUGCCUUCGAGUCGACGGCAGGACUAUUAGAAUCCAUGAAAAAAGAGAACAAGAUAAUGAAAGAAUCUAUUUUGGACCUUCAAUCAAGGAGCAUGAGGGACAAUUUAAUUUUCUCUGGCAUCGAAGAAAACACAGACAAACCAGAAGCCCUCGUUAAGUCAUUUAUGGCAACAUCUCUCAAGCUGCCCAAGGAAAUGGUGGACUCGAUAAAGUUUACGAGGGUACACCGUCUUGGGAAGCCAAGAGGAAGCGGUCCGUGUCCAAUAAUCGCUAAGUUCGAGCUCUACCAGCAGAAAGUACUGGUGAAAUCCAAAGGAAGAGAAUUACAAGGAACAAGAUUCGUUGUUCACUGUGUUCGUGAGAAGAUGUCAGCCCACCUUUCAUCGACUCCCUUGAGUAAUCACAGGCUAUGGCUCUUUGCAGUUUGGACCCACGAUGGCAUGCUGUAAAUGCUGUUACCGAUCUAUAGGGACCGCAUUAUGAAGCUGUCUCUGCUCAUCAUCAACCUUUUCACAACUGGCAUAAAACAUUCAUAGAGUCACAGCAUGAGUCAGGAGGGCCAGAGGCUGCCUUUCUUUGGACAAUGUCUCAGAAAGAAACUAAGUGAAGGCAUUGGUGGGUAAUUUUAACCAUUUCAGUUAUAAUGUGUCACUUAUAAACAUGACGAAAUUGUUCCAACAUUGAUUUGUCAAUUAUGAAUGUCGGUAUUGGUUCAACAUUGACUCUGUAAUGGAAAGUGAUUUCAUGUUGAGAGUAUGACAUUGACACUAAUGUAAUAACAAUGUGACAGAUAGUAAAUGGGGGUACAAAAUGAGUCUA